AUGACGACAGCAAAGAAAGCAACGGAAGUUACGGAUCACUUCCGUAACUUCCGUUGGAGUUCAGGGCCAAACGAUAAAAAACUAUCAGCGCAUCUCCCGGCCGACGAGCCUCGCAAGGUAGCCAAGCUGAAUGGUGCACAUGACGAGGCGGGAACACGCAAACGGCCGGGAGGGCAAUUACAGCCCGACGUUUCUCAGGCGACAAUGUCAUGGGUAAAAAUUCCGACUCAUCGCGCGCUUGUUCCUUUCACCGCCGGACAGCAGGCCUCGCUUCCACAGUUCAUCGAGUCAGCACGUUCGCUACUCGCCCAGCGUGUUCCGGACCCUGUUUUGAUAACACGCUUUUUGACGGUCCGCAAUGCACGGCAACGUCUCGACUGAUGUAUUCCAAAAAGCUGUCUGUGUUUCUUUGUCCUUGUCCUGCGCAGAUCAACGCGAAUGCAUCACUGACAGCGAACGCCUCUCAUGAGCAUCUGCCAUCAAUUCAAUUGGCUUGUCUUCGGCCUGCCCUGCUUUAAUUUUACCGGAUCUAUUUCUUGCUCAAGGGACGGCCACGAGCGGCUACGCCGGCAGUGCCGUUAUCAAUUACAGAUGACCUUCUUGUUCCUCGCACGAUGCUCUCACUUGUCCAAAUCAAGAAUCCGCCCAAUCGUCAUACUUAGAUCCCUAUCCGACGCCUUGUCGUAUGAUAUAAAGCCCAAAUUGCUUACUGUCUCCCCCACACUUCGCAGUCCGUUCCGGUCUUCCCUUC